UUUAGCUCUGUGCCCAUCGGCAUCACCCGCCUCCGACCGUUGCUGACCCCGCCGCCGCUGCCGCCACCGUCCCGUUCCCGCCGUCCGUGCCAGUAUAAAACAUCACCUGCGACGAAGCUCACACCCGCACAUCGCCAACCAACCCCCACCUACCCCGGCCACCUUGCGCGUAAAUGGAAGCCGUCCUCAGCGCGCCAAAGCUUAGCGCCGCUCCCAUCCGCGCCGCCGCCCCCGGCCGCUCCCCUCUGCCGUCGCGGGUCGUCGCCCUCACCCCCGCCUCCGCCUCCGCCCCCGCCCGUGCUCGCCCUCUCCGCUCCGGCCCCAAGAACACCGUCCAGGCGCUGGCGCGGGACGAGAUGCUGGGUGCGGCGGAGCCGGCGCAGUGGGAGGACGCCGCGGCCAGCCAGGGGAUCCGCAUCCGCCGGCACCGCCGCCCCACCGCCUCCAUGAGGGAGAUCGAGGAGGAGAUGGGGGCGCCGCGCAACAUCCUCGAGAAGAUCAUCUGGGACAAGGAGAUCGAAGUAGCUGAGGGGCUUGCCAGGAAUCCUCUAAAGGAGGUGAUUGAGUCUGCAGUGAAGGCUCCUCCUACAAGAGACUUCUAUGCUGCUUUGGCAGCAGCCUACAAGCGUAAUGGUGUACCAGCAUUGAUUGCUGAGGUCAAGAAGGCAUCACCAAGUAGGGGGGUGAUCAGGGAGAAUUUCGAUCCUGUUGAAAUUGCUCAAGCUUAUGAAAAGCAUGGAGCUGCGUGCUUGAGCAUCUUGACUGAUGCGAAGUACUUUCAGGGAAGCUUUGAGAAUCUUCGGAAGGUGCGCAGAGCAGGAGUGAAGUGCCCCCUUCUAUGCAAAGAGUUUGUCAUUGAUGAAUGGCAGAUCUAUUAUGCCCGCUCGAUUGGUGCUGAUGCAGUUCUGCUCAUUGCUGCUGUACUAACUGAUAUGGACUUAAAAUAUUUGCUCCAGAUAUGCAAGGAGUUGGGAUUGACAGCUCUUAUUGAGGUUCAUGAUGAAAAUGAGAUGGAGCGUGUCCUGAGGAUAGAUGAUGUUCAGCUUAUUGGCAUUAACAACCGCAGCCUUGAAACAUUUAUAGUGGAUACUUCGAACACGAAGACGUUGUUGGAGAAGCAUGGCAAUGCCAUCAGGGAGAAAGGAAUAUUGGUUGUUGGUGAAUCUGGGCUAUUCAACCCAGACGACGUUGCUUAUGUGCAGAAUGCUGGCGUCUCUGCUGUUUUGGUAGGAGAAUCCUUGGUGAAGCAAGAAGACCCUGGGCGAGCCAUCGCUGGGCUCUUUGGGAAGGAACUUUUGCAUUGAAGCAACUAGAUCGGACUUGUUUUGGCUGUAGACUAGAAGUUAGUAGCUGCCAGGCCACCCGCGUGAAGAAUAAUGCUCUCUUGAUUCCUUCCGGAUGAGCAAUAAACAUGUGAUUUUCUGAUGCGGGAAAUAAUCAUAUGAUAUAUUACUGUAGGUGUUCUAGGUACAAAGAAAGAUGAAGUUUGUCUAUUUACCUUUGGAUGAACCAUCUGUUCAGAGUUGUAUCUGCUGCUCCAAUCUUGCAAUGGAGCCUCAGCUCUGCACGACUAAACAUGUUUGUUUUUCA